UUAACCAAACCCUAGCGCCUCUACUUUUCUCUUUUUACCCGCCUCCUUUUCCCUUUGUCAAUCUCGCCGUCGAUUUAAAAUGGCCGGCAAAGGUGAAGGUCCGGCUAUCGGAAUUGAUCUCGGCACUACUUACUCUUGUGUCGGCGUCUGGCAGCAUGACAGGGUUGAAAUCAUCGCCAACGACCAAGGAAACAGGACCACGCCGUCGUAUGUGGCUUUCACCGACACCGAAAGGUUGAUCGGAGACGCCGCUAAGAACCAGGUGGCGAUGAACCCGAUCAACACUGUUUUUGAUGCCAAGCGAUUGAUUGGUCGCAGAUUUUCUGAUGCUUCAGUUCAGGGUGACAUGAAGUUGUGGCCAUUCAAGGUCACCCCUGGCCCAGCUGAGAAGCCUAUGAUUACAGUUUCGUACAAGGGUGAGGAUAAGCAGUUCGCUGCUGAGGAGAUCUCUUCCAUGGUCCUUAUCAAGAUGCGUGAGAUUGCUGAGGCUUACCUUGGUGCUACCAUCAAGAACGCAGUGGUCACUGUUCCUGCAUACUUCAACGAUUCUCAGCGUCAGGCGACCAAGGAUGCCGGAGUCAUUGCUGGUAUCAACGUCUUGCGUAUUAUCAACGAGCCUACAGCAGCUGCCAUCGCUUAUGGUCUUGACAAGAAGGCCACCAGCGUUGGUGAGAAGAAUGUGUUGAUCUUUGACCUUGGAGGUGGUACCUUUGAUGUCUCUCUUCUCACCAUUGAGGAGGGUAUCUUUGAGGUUAAGGCCACAGCUGGUGACACCCAUCUUGGGGGUGAGGACUUCGACAACAGAAUGGUCAACCACUUUGUCCAGGAGUUCAAGAGAAAGAACAAGAAGGAUAUCAGCGGCAACCCCAGGGCUCUUAGGAGAUUGAGGACAUCAUGUGAAAGGGCGAAGAGGACCCUCUCAUCCACUGCCCAGACCACCAUUGAAAUUGACUCUUUGUAUGAGGGCAUUGACUUCUACUCAACCAUCACCCGUGCCAGGUUCGAGGAGCUCAACAUGGACUUGUUCAGAAAGUGUAUGGAGCCAGUAGAGAAGUGUUUAAGGGACGCCAAGAUGGAUAAGAGUACGGUCCAUGAUGUUGUGCUAGUCGGUGGAUCUACCCGUAUUCCCAAGGUUCAGCAACUCCUCCAGGACUUUUUCAACGGCAAGGAGCUUUGCAAGAGCAUUAACCCAGAUGAGGCCGUUGCAUAUGGUGCUGCAGUUCAGGCUGCAAUUCUCAGUGGUGAGGGUAACGAGAAGGUUCAGGACCUUCUUCUAUUGGAUGUCACCCCUCUAUCUCUUGGUUUGGAAACUGCCGGAGGUGUCAUGACUGUCUUGAUCCCCAGAAAUACAACCAUCCCAACUAAGAAGGAACAAGUAUUCUCUACCUACUCUGACAACCAGCCCGGUGUGCUCAUCCAGGUCUAUGAAGGAGAAAGAACCAGAACCAGGGACAACAACUUGCUCGGAAAGUUUGAGCUAUCUGGAAUCCCCCCAGCUCCCAGAGGUGUGCCUCAGAUCACCGUGUGCUUUGACAUUGACGCCAAUGGUAUCUUGAAUGUGUCAGCAGAGGACAAGACCACCGGACAAAAGAACAAGAUCACCAUCACCAACGACAAGGGCAGGCUCUCAAAGGAGGAGAUUGAGAAGAUGGUUCAGGAGGCAGAGAAGUACAAGUCUGAGGAUGAAGAGCACAAGAAGAAGGUCGAGGCCAAGAACGCAUUGGAGAACUACGCGUACAACAUGAGGAACACCAUCAAGGAUGAGAAGAUUGGCGAGAAGCUCCCAGGGGCAGACAAGAAGAAGAUCGAGGACGCCAUUGAAGCUGCCAUCCAGUGGCUGGACAGCAACCAACUCGCGGAGGCCGAUGAGUUUGAAGACAAGAUGAAGGAGUUGGAGAGCAUCUGCAACCCAAUCAUCGCCAAGAUGUACCAAGGUGCCGGACCCGAUGGUGCUGGUCCAGUUGAUGAUGAUGUUCCAGCUGGAAGCGGCGGUGCAGGGCCCAAGAUUGAGGAGGUCGACUAAGUCAAUUGAUUUAAUAAGCUUCUGAUGGAAGGGUUUAUCUUUUGUUUUUGGGUUUAUUAAUUAGGCGGUAUGAUGAACAAUAUCUAUGCUUUAAUUUCGGAUUUUGCUCUGGUAGUUGGUCAGAGCUUUUGGUUUUAAAUUUGCGGAACUUAUAGGCCCUCUGUUAUUUUCCCCUGGUAGUUUGCCCUGGGGCCUUUUUAUUAUAAGAUUUUGAACAAUUCGAUGCUAA